AUGGACUCGCCAACUCCCGAAAACCCCGAACCACAGGUUGUCUUCCGACCUAGCAAGAAGCGCAAGCACUUCAGACAGCGUGCAGAGGAGUCCGAGACCAAACCAGACGAAGCGACGCAUCAGGCUGCUGCCCAACCGCUCCCAGACCAAAAUGGCGAGGCAAAACCUAGUGGUUCACACGACACAAAUUCGGAUACCGAGGAGUCAUCGGUGGCAGAAGCACUGCGUCUGCGCAACGCUCGUAAGGCAAGACUUAAGGGAGUCGGUUUUCGACCAGAAGACUCGUCCAAGGUUUCGGACGAAGUGAGCACGGAGCGGAGCCUGGUUCUUAAAGACGAUCCAAAUGGCCCAGACUCCGUGGAAUAUGGGAUAUCAAAACGCUUUGCACCGCAGGCAGGACUUGUCGGCGAGCUCGUCAAUAAGCAUAUGGAGGAAUAUAUAGAAUCCGAGUUGGCUAGACGGCACGCCGCCGAGAAAGCUACUGAAGCAGAAAACCUACAACAACAACAAUCCUCGCAACCUACGGGUUCGACCAGCGUAGAUCCGACCAAACGACUCGGAGAACGGCCGACUAUGCACGGCAAGCUACAGGAGGUUGAUCUCGGCGAUGAAGUCCGGAUGCGCAACGCAAACAUGACGGAACAGGCGCGCAGGCGCCUUGCGGGCGAGGCCAUCGAGGCCGAUGACGAUGGCCCAAGGAAGCGAGCCAGAAUCGGCAAGGAUGGCAAGCCCUGGCGUGGGCGCAAGAGGCGCGGCAGCGACGACAUCAAACGUGACCAGCUCGUGGAAGAACUCAUGCGGGAGAACAGACUUGAUGUGUACGACGUGCCUGCUCAGCCGGAGGCUACCGGCGAGCCCGGCUUCGACGAGGCUGCGGAUGAGAAGAUCGCGGAGCAAUUCCGCCGUGAGUUCAUGGACGCAAUGUCUGAGAGACGGCAGCAACGGAGGAAGGCUGCGCCGCAGCCGGCUCGGCCGGGAGCGAAGCAAGAGGAGGUCCUCAAGGGGCCCAAGCUGGGCGGCAGCAGGAACGCACGAGCUGCGAUGCGCGACCUCUUAUUAUCGCAGCAAGAGAAAGACAAGAAGCGGUGA